AUGCAUGUGAGACAGGAACGGAAGUGGAAGACAAAGAUGACGUGGGGAAGCUGCUUAUGUGUAGCAGCGUCAGAUGAAAUUCUUGGUCACAUUUUCUGCACACCUAAUUUUUUUGGCCACGGCUUUCUAACCUCCUCAAUGGCUGAAGGAUUAAUUGUCUCCACUUUAGGACCCGUGGCAAAACUUGGGGUUGAAGAGCCAUAUAAAAACAUCAAUGGCAGAGUUGCACUUUCCAGAAAUCUGGAAGACAUAUAUGAUAUGCUAAACCAAGAUUUGCAGAGGCUGCUUGCAAUAAAAGAAGAUAAAGGGAUCCACCAAAGACACAAUCAUCACGAUACUACCAUGGUUUAUCGCUCGUGGAAGCAGAGGGUAUCAACCAUUGUUGCAGAAGUAGAUAAUCUGAGAGCUGAAUAUGAAAGAAAGCGAGUUCCCAAAUGGCGUUUCAUUCGGCGUUCAAGUCUGGGUGAGAAGAUUGCAAAGAGGCACAACCGAGUUAAAGACCUUUUAAAGGCAGGGCCUUCAAUGAAUAUCCUCCUUGAUUAUAAGCAACCAGAAGUUGUCUUGAAAGUGUCGGAUGCUCCCCCGAUAACAAGAUAUCCUACCUUUCAAAAUGUUACGUUUUAGAAGAAAUUUUGGACUGCCUCAUAAUCAAGACAAUGAAAGGGAUUGGAGUUUA